UAAAUAUAAAUAAACAGACCCUUUCAUGGUGUAUUUUCGUUUUAGUUUACACGCUGGUCCUAUGAAAUGUAAAUAAAAAUAUCUUACGGACAUCGAUUUGUGUUUCAUUAUUACAAAGGUGAAAAUGUCUGGGCAAUUAUUUCAAAAUAAUUUGAUCCCUGAUCACUAUUCUGGAAAAUAUAAAGGGAGUUUUGCAUAUUUAACUAUUAAAGACAGGUUACCUAUUAUUCUAGUCAAAGUCGUGGAUUUCCUAUGUCAAAAUAAAAAUAGUAUAGUUGAAUCAUAUGGUGAGACUGCAAAAGAAGAAGUAAAAGAAGUUAUUGGGAGAUUAUCUGCACUUCAAAAUGAAAUGGUUACAAAUAAAAACAUUAAACCUCUUGUCUGUGAUAGCCCUGAUGUUACAGUGUGGAAUGGAUAUUUAAAACAACAUGAAGAUAUCUAUGGAUUCCCACCAACUUGGUUUGAGUCAUCCUGGUUAUAUUCAGAAUGUUACUUUUAUAGACGAAUUAAACAAGCUUUCCAACUUAGCACAUCACUGAACGAAUUUGAUCCUUUUCAUAAACAAAAAGAAGAUUCUUUUAUAUCUGCAAUUGAUGCAGCAUCUUUCCUUUGUUCUGCUCUAAAUGAAACAAUUGCAGAGUUGGGGAACUCAAAUGGUAAAACCAAUCUGUUCCAUUUCAGAAGAUAUCUAGAGGUUUCAUUGUGGAGUAACAAGUGGGAUUUAUCUAUUUCAAGUGGAAAAUUAAAUUCUGAAAAUAGUAGUCCUUUAAACCAUUUAGAAGAACUUAGGAAGAACAUUAUUGUGGAUGAUACAGAUAUUUUAUGGCAAAUAUUACAAGAUUCUAACAACUCCUCUAAAGAUGUUCUCAUUGACAUUGUGUUAGACAAUGCAGGUUUUGAAUUAUUUUGUGAUUUGUGCUUGUUAUAUUUUCUUCAAGCAGCAAAACUUGUGAAAAGAAUCAGACUUCAUGUAAAAAUGAUGCCCUGGUUUGUAUCUGAUACUCUAGAAAAGGAUAUAUAUUGGUUACUUGAAGUUUUAUUGAAAAGUAAUCAUGAAAAUUUAGUCAAGUUUAGUGAAGAAUGUAUGAAUAAAAUUACUGCUGGCAAAUGGGAGAUACUUAAUGAACCAUUUUGGACAUAUCCACAUGAUUUCAGUGAAAUGGAGAGUGCUGAUCCACUUUUAUAUAAAAAAUUGGGUGAAAGUGAUCUUAUUAUAUUCAAAGGUGAUUUAAAUUACAGAAAAUUAACUGGAGACCGUCAGUGGGAUGAAACUACAUCAUUUGAAGAAGCUCUGAAUGGUUUCUUGCCUUCAUCCCUGGCUACUCUACGUACUAUUAAAGCAGAUGUUGUUGUUGGACUUCAAUCUGGGACAUGUGAUCAAUUGAACAAAAUAUCUCAGAACUGGAAAUUUAAGGGAGAUUAUGCUGUUAUCCAGUGUUAUAAAAAAUUGAGUAAUCUAAGUUAGUAUUUGUUUUAAUUAAUUCUGUUAUAAGCUUUUAAUUUUUUAUAUUUUGUUGCCCAUUAAAUGAAAUCCAAUUAAAGUUACUACCUAUCAAUUUAUUUAUUUUUGGUUUCAUCUAUAUGUCAGAUAUCACAUUCUUUAAUUUUAUAACAAAGAUUACCCCAUUGAUUGGUGACUAUCCAGCACCUAAAUCUCCCUAAAAUGAUGAUGAUUGAAUGUAAAAAGAAUGACUUUCUGCAUUCUAGCCAUUAUUGACAAAAGUCAUUGGAAUGAUUUUUUAUCUUCCAGCUGGUUGAAGGGUAAAUUUUAUAAAGAUAUGCAAAUUCUUAUAAUAUUUUGAUUGUGUUUGCAUUUUAGUACAUUCAGUACUACUAAAAAAAUUUAUAGAAUGAUGACAACCUUAUUAUCCCUUUUCCAUGUGAAAGAAAUUUCAAGAAUUCAAAUAAUAAUACUGCUGAAAUUCAACAAUUAGCUUGUUUCAGAUAUAAUUAAAUAAUUUUUUAAAAUUAUUUAGUUGAAAAUAAGUGAAUGUAUUAUUUAAUUUGCAACUACUCUCUAUUUGACUACAGUUUUAACAAGCUUUUCUUUUGUUGAUAUUUUAAAUUAAAUCAACAAAUAGAAUAUUUUAUACUGAAUGUUUGGUGCCUUCAUUGUUUAUUUUUAACUACAUCGAAUAUUGAAUCUUCAGUUAUAUUUAUUCCUCUCUCCUUCUUCGCUUUGUUUCUUGCUGUUCAUGACAUAUUAAUAAUUUAUUACUCACUGAAGUUUGAAUAACUUUUUAUUUUCUCCACUGCUCUGGCCAUCCAGUUAUUUUUCCUUGACAUAGUCAUUACUCUAUAAUUGAUUGUUAUUGUUGAUAAUAAUUACUCUCAACUUUGAAUAAAAAUU